AUGCUGCUCACCCUCAAGACCUCCUCUCGCAACGGCGCCCUGGCUCUUGACGAGUGCACACGCACAAAGCCAGCAUACGCAUAUCAGAAGCAUCCUCACCCGUCUCCGUCGCCGUCGCCGUCGCCGCCUCCAUCGCCGUUGUCAUCAGCUCCAGCUCGCCGUCAGAUGGAUUCGCACCGGAGCCUGCCUCCCCCAGCUGCCAUGGGCCUCACCGUCACAGAUAUGACAUCCGCGGCCUCUCACGGCGGCUCCAGUAGCUCCAACGGCGGCGCUGGCAGCAUGCCUCUGCCUCCACCGCCAACGCACUCGCAUCAGCAUGUCCCUGGUGGUGGUAACCAUGGCCGUGAUGGGUGGAGCCGAGACGGCCAGGACGAUGCAAUGCGCCAAUGGCUGCAGGCAAAGGUCGAAGAGGAUAAGCGCAAGCAGGAAGAGGAACGCACCCGGCAGGAAGCUCUCAAGCUCGAUCAGCGCAAGAUCGAGCAGAAGAUGCUACAAGAUACGCUCAGCUCCAAUAUCCCGCCUCACAUGGUACCUCUGGUGUUUAUAGGGCUAGCCGGGCCUCACGCUCAAUGGGCUCAGCAAUAUAUCCUACAGAUGACCCAAAAUAAUGGACACAACCCAAGUUCAAGCCCAUAUCCGGUCCAGCAACAAAGGCAUGAUCAGUAUACCCAGCAGUAUCGGCCACCACCACCUCCUCCACCGCCUUCUGCGUUCCAGCAGCCAUCACAGCAGCCCCCUCAACCACCACCGCCGCCGCCGCCGCCGCAUCCGCAGCAGCAGCAGCAGCAGCCCCUAAAUCAUAUGUCUCAGUUUCCCGAGUUUAUACCCCGUCCCAAACAGAGUCCCAUAGAAGCAUCCGAGAACCGUGAAAUAGCGCCUAAUCCAUAUGCCAUUUCCGCCCCUAGGCUCUCUAUACCUGCUGGCCAGCAUCAGCAACACCAGCAGCAUCCGCAACAGCAUCAACCACAACCACAUCAUAACCAACAGCAUCAGCAGCAGCAGCAGCAACAUCCUCCGCCACACCACCAUCAACCGCGGCCAUCGCAUCAACAUCAUCCGCAACAACCUUCUCCGCCACCAUCACAUCCGCCAAUCACUAUAUAUGCUCCCAAUCCAGCGCAUCACCAGUCUCAGAUGAACACCGAAUCUCUUCCACGCCUGUCUACGGCUUCUGACAUGCACCACCCCAUUCAACAAAGGAACAAUUCAGCCCCAUCUUCCGGGGUCAUGAGCGCGAACACCCAGUCAUCCCUCUCACACUCCCAUCCAUCUUCCUCUCAAUCUACCUCCGCAAAGCAAGACUCUACUACGGCUGCUCAUCAGGUGCAACAGACCUCCCCUUCUAUCUCGUUCCAUCAUUGGGUUCCUCCGCAAUCUCAGCCAACUACCCCUGCAGGUAAAAGCCCCAACAGCUCUCCACACUCCGGCCACCCGGCCUCCGCCUCCUCAUCCCAACCUCACCAUCUUCGAAAUGAAUAUCAGCAGUCACCUAAGAAGCGGAAAGCGCAAAGUUCUCAUGCUCCCAUUCCACCUCCCCCAUCGCAGCUUUCAGAGGUUGCUACUACGGACGAGACUACUUCUCAGACCGGCCGUACCCCUCGGAAUCGCUCACACUCCGGAGCUGGUGCGGAGAGGCGCCGGCAAAGCAGUUCGGCCGCUCAAGCCCGCUCAGCCGGGGAGUAUACUUUCAAGAUCAACACUAGGAAUAAUAGCACUGUGCAUGCUAAUCCCAGCCCUAUCUCAAAGCAACAGCAGCAAGGAAGCCAACCUCCAGCCCCCGCCCAGACACAAAUGCAAGUCUCUUCUCUAGUGCGCCCAUCCGACCCAAACCGGACUCCCACCACCAGUCGAUCUCACUCUCACUCGCGUGAUGUCUCGCCGUCAUCUCGCGAUACUCGAGAUACUACUAGAGAGAUGGAGCCUCCGGCUGUGAACGAGCCAGACAAUACUGCUCCUAGGGAAGCCAUCGCCUCCACAAACUCUGGUAGUAGUGGAGAAAGCACAGUGUCAUACCACACUGCAUCAAACUCACUGACCCCUAACGACACAAACGGUCCGGUUCCCAAUGGUGACUCCCUCCGCAAUUGA